AUGCAGAACAAUAUGAGCACCGUUCACAGUAGCAACUGGCAUCCAUUGUUCACUACUGAGGAUGCAGGCACCAUUACACUAUCAUCACAGGAUGCCAACUUGUUCCGCAUUCACCUAUACACGUUGAAGCGCGCUUCAGGGUGGUUCGCUGCAAUGUCCAGCUUGCCCCAAGGUCCUGGCACCAUCUCAGACGAUGUCCUUCACCUGGACGAAGAUUCAACGGUGCUCAUGCCCCUUCUACAGGUGAUUUCUGGAAUGGAACUGCCCGAUUUAAGCUCGCUGGAUCUCGUAGAAUCCAUUCUCUUAGCUGCAGAGAAGUAUGACAUGCCAGGACCCGUCUCCAUUAUACGAAACAUGAUCACCAGCUAUCUAUCCGAAUCAACCGCACUGCGAGUUUAUCGCCUUGCGGGCGCACAUUCUUGGAAGGCGCAGGCGCAGUUGGCAUCAUCAUACACUCUUUCGCUCGAUCUAUCUACCCCAACGGCGAUAGCAGAACUUUCCCGCAUGGAAGGGUAUCUCCCAGCGCAACUUUUCCUACUGCAUAGACAGGGGAAAGACGCACUGAAGAAAGCACUGAACGAUGUUACCCGAUUUGCUGCCAAUACCAAAGAAAACUGCGAAGGUUGCCGACGAUCACCUGAUCAUGCUCAGUGGAGGAAUUUGAAGGAGUUAUGGUUAUCGCGUGCAGAUGAGGCUCCAUUCGGUCGCACAAUUAGUGCCGCACAACUCAUCGCACCGGAGGUGCUCUCAGUAAUCGAGGCGACAUGCCCUUCUUGCCGCAGGAGGCUAUACAAUGCAGAUAUGACAUUCAACAAUCUACGGGAUGCAGUGAACAACUUACCCCAGACUGUCAUGCGGCUCAAAAGGCCAUUCACACAGUCUGCACAGAUGGGGAAUUUGGAGAAGGCUCACGCGGGCUAUCUAUGUGCUAUCGCGUGUGGCGAUCAUACGCCAUAG